AACGUGAGGCCCUGGAAACCUUACUUCACCCCUAGGAAAGGCAGUUCUGGGUUUUGCUGAAGGGAGUUAGGGGAAUUCACCCUACACAGCAUGCCCAGAACACUUUCCUGGCAAAAGCAGUUCCACCCUCAGACCUGGGGAGUCACCUGAUCACGCAGCCAGGUGCAUACGGAGACCCCCGGUGCCGGGGUCUCGGUCAGCUUGUCCAGAUGCUUUUUGGCACCUGCGCAGGAGGCUGCGGGUUUCCCUGCACCCAGGGCGUUCUUAGUCCUGCGUGCAGUGCUCACAGCUAUUCCUCAGAGGCUCACAGUGUCGCUCCUGUCCCUGGCCUCAUGGUCCCGGGGCUGGGCAUUUCCGCUGGUGUCACUGUUGAGUGGGGAGCGGCCGUGGCUGGUCACGUGGAGCCCGUGGGCUUGCGGCCCCUACUCCCGGUUUCCCACCCGGCCCCGCCCCUACCCAGGUGAAGGUUCUCGUCCAGGCAGGUGCGAAGGCCCGACCCUUGCGGAGGGAAAGCCUCUGCAGCUCCUCCUCUCCACCUAGACCCGAGACUCCCCGUGCUGGCGUAACAGGGGUGCGCCCGCCAGGACUGGACAGCUGGGACCCGCGCAACCGAGCCGGGGCAGCCACGUGGCGGCGGGGCGGGGACCGGGCGGGCCGGGCGCUGGAAGCUGGCUGUCUCGGGAGCAGAGGGGUCUCCCCGCCAGACCACCAGGAUCCCCGUUUGCUGGAGAAUGACCCAGAUGCCCCAGGUGCAGGAGCUCUUCCAUGAGGCAGCCCAGCAGACCCCGCACCACUCCACCGGACCCCCCACACUCAAGUAUGGAGAUUAUUCACAGGAGAACGACUUCCCCUUCUGAAUUAAAAACGCCCACCAGGCAGUCAUGGCUUUUCCAGGGGGCCUUGGCCCAGCCUCAGCCCUGGUGGAAGAGCCAGCUGUUCAUGUGGGAGCCUGUGCUGUUUGGGACCUGGGAUGGUGUGUUCACAUCCUGCAUGAUCAACAUCUUUGGGGUUGUGCUCUUCCUGAGGACUGGCUGGCUGGUGGGAAACACGGGAGUGCUCCUGGGCAUGUUUCUGGUGUCCUUCGUCGUACUGGUGGCCCUCGUCACGGUGCUGUCUGGCAUUGGUGUCGGGGAGCGCAGCAGCAUCGGCAGCGGUGGCGUCUACUCCAUGAUCUCCUCGGUCCUGGGUGGGCAGACGGGAGGCACCAUCGGGCUGCUCUAUGUGUUUGGACAGUGUGUUGCAGGUGCCAUGUACAUCACCGGCUUUGCUGAAUCUAUCUCGGAUUUGCUGGGCCUCAGGAAUAUCUGGGCUGUGCGAGGAAUUUCAGUUGCGGUGCUUUUGGCCUUGCUGGGCAUUAACCUAGCAGGUGUCAAAUGGAUAAUCCGCCUCCAACUGCUGUUGCUGUUCCUGCUGGCUGUGUCAACACUGGACUUUGUGGUGGGUUCUUUCACCCACCUGGACCCAGAACAUGGUUUUAUUGGAUAUUCACCCGAACUGCUACAGAACAACUCGCUGCCUGAUUACAGCCCAGGGGAGUCUUUUUUCACUGUCUUUGGGGUUUUCUUCCCAGCGGCUACAGGAGUCAUGGCCGGCUUCAACAUGGGGGGCGACCUCAGGGAGCCUGCCGCCAGCAUUCCCCUGGGCUCCCUGGCAGCUGUUGGCAUCUCGUGGUUUCUGUACAUCGUCUUCGUCUUCCUCCUGGGCGCCAUCUGCACUCGAGAGGCCCUUCGCUAUGACUUCCUGAUAGCCGAAAAGGUAUCCCUCGUGGGCUUCCUGUUCCUUUUGGGCUUAUACAUCUCGUCCCUGGCUUCCUGUAUGGGAGGACUUUAUGGAGCUCCCCGCAUCCUGCAAUGCAUUGCUCAGGAGAAAGUGAUCCCUGCACUUGCCUGUCUGGGACAAGGGAAGGGGCCAAACAAAACACCUGUGGCUGCCAUCUGCCUGACCAGCUUGGUGACCAUGGCCUUUGUCCUUGUGGGUCAGGUGAACAUUCUGGCCCCCAUUGUCACCAUCAACUUCAUGCUGACAUAUGUUGCAGUGGACUACUCUUUCUUCUCCCUGUCCAUGAGUUCCUGUAGCCUGCCCCCAGUGCCUGAGCCAGUGCUCAGGGAGGGCCCAGAAGGCCUCCAUUGCUCUGAGCACCUGCUCUUAGAGAAAGCUCCCAACUAUGGCUCUGAGGGACCUGCCCAAAGUGUCUUGGAGGGCACACUGCUGGAAUUUACCAAGGACAUGGAUCAGCUCCUCCAGCUAACCAGGAAGCUUGAGAGUAGCCGGCCCAGGGAAGGAGAGAGUAACAGGACCCCAGAGAAUCAGAAGAGGAAAAGCAAGAAGGCAACCAAGCAGACCCUCCAAGAUAGCUUCCUCUUGGACCUCAAAUCCCCUCCUUCUUUCCCUGCCGAGAUCUCUGAUGGGUUGUCCGCUGCCUCCUGGGAGGGGCAGGAGUCCUGCUGGAACAAGCAGACUUCCAGGAGUGAAGGGACUCAGCCUGGGGGAACAUAUGGAGAGCAACUUGUGUCUGAGCUGUGCAGCCAGUCUGAGCCCAGUGGAGAUUUCUUCCUGAAGUCCAGGCUCCAAGAACAAGAUGUCUGGAGAAGACCAACUUCUUUCUAUAGCCACAUGUGCAACCCCUGGGUCUCCUUGUUGGGGGCUGUUGGGUCCCUUCUUGUCAUGUUUGUGAUACAGUGGGUGUAUACCCUGGUUAACAUGGGUGUUGCUGCCGUUGUGUAUCUCUACAUUGGCCGGGCCAGUCCAGGGCUUCACCUUGGAUCAGCCUCCAACUUCAGCUUUUUCCGGUGGAUGAGGUCUCUCUUGAUCCCCUCCUGCAGGAGCUUGCGGUCCCCUCAGGAGCAGAUCAUCUUGGCACCAUCCCUGGCUAAGGUUGACAUGGAGAUGACUCAGCUCACCCAGGAGAAUGCGGACUUCGCCACUCGGGAUCGCUACCACCACUCCUUCCUCAUGAGUCGGGAGCCGCUGACGCCUCACUACUAGAUGCAGUGCAGGGAGCUGUCCCAUGCACAGUGGACCCAAUCCUGGAACCUUUGUGGGCUGCUUCUCCUACAUGAGAAACGAAAGACCCAUCCUCUUGCUGUCACUUUGGACAAUGGAAAUUGACAUUUUCUUAGAACAUGUGGAAGAAGGAAAAAGACAAAAAAGGAAAUCUGCAUUCUGCUCUGAGCACUACAUUUCACCCAGGGUGACAUCAGGAAUGGUGCUGGCCUCUGCAACACCCAGUCUGAAGAGCUCUAUACAGGUACCAAGCCUAGCAGAGGACACCAAGACUCCCAGACGUGGGGAACUGGAACUGAACCACAACCAGAUAGCUUGUGCAGAGGGUCACAGUGAAUGUAUGUUUUAUAUUUUAUUAUACUAUUUAUUCAGGAAAUAAUACAAUAAUAUGAAAAAUUUAUUAUUUCUUGAAUAAAUAAUACACUCACAUGGUUCCAAACCCAAACGUUAUAAUCAUAUGUAGAGUGAAAAGUCUCCCUCCAAUCCUUAUUCCCCACCUGCUCAGCUCCUGUUUACCCGGGCCCAGAGGUAGCCACUGUUCACAUUCAUACAUCCAGCAUUUCUUUAUGAAUAUACAAGUAAACGGGAAUGUAGAGUCUCACAUUCUCUUUUUAUACACAAAAGUUAGCAUGUUAUACGCAUGUUCUUCACCCUUUUCCCUUAACAAUCUAUCUUGGAGACAUUUCCAUAUCAAUUCAUCUGCCAUUUCUUCAUUUUUUUCAUUGUAUAAAUGUAUUAUAAUUUAUUUCACCACUUCCACAAUGAUGAGCAUUUGAAUUGUUUCUAGUCUUUUGCAAUGACAAUCAGCUCUGCAGUGAAUAAUCUUGUACAAAUGUACAAGCAUAAAAUGUAUCUCUAGGAUAAAUUCCCAAAAGUGGGAUUGCGGGAUCAAAAGGUACAUGCAUUUGUAAACUAUUACUUUUUAGUGAUGGUCUUUUUAAUUAAAAAGUUAACAUGAA